AGUUCGCUCCCGGAAAUGACCGUGAUCCCUACCCCGGGGCGGCUCGCGGCUGGUGGGCAGGUUCGGCAUGCUACUCCUCGCCAACGCCGGCGCCAGGCCGUUGCGCGCUGCGGCGCGAGCGGUCCCUGCCUUUGGGGAGGAAAACACUUCAGCUCCGGGAAAGAGCCGGUAGAAAACAGCCCGGCGACUCCGAUGCUGCAGCAUCUUGUGUACAAAAUCAAGUCGACGGGCCCCAUCACUGUGGCCGAGUACAUGAAGGAGGUCUUGACCAACCCAGUUAAGGGAUAUUAUGUGCACCGUGACAUGCUAGGAGAAAAAGGAGAUUUUAUUACUUCACCUGAAAUAAGUCAGAUCUUCGGAGAGCUGCUAGGGAUAUGGUUUAUUAGCGAAUGGAUGGCCACUGGGAAAAGUGCAACUUUCCAGCUGGUGGAACUGGGUCCAGGUCGGGGUACCCUUGCAGGAGAUAUUUUGAGGGUGUUUAGUCAGCUUGGAUCUGUGCUGAAAAAGUGUGACAUUUCAAUACAUCUAGUAGAGGUGAGCCAAAAAUUAAGUGAGAUUCAAGCAUUAACUCUGACCGAAGAGAAGGUCCCAUUAGAGCGAGAUGCUGAAUCCCCAGUGUACAUGAAAGGUGUUACUAAGUCUGGGAUUCCAGUUUCCUGGUACCGAGAUCUGCAGGAUGUUCCAAAAGAGCACAGCUUUUAUGUUGCACAUGAAUUUUUUGACGUCCUUCCUGUGCAUAAGUUUCAGAAAACCCCACAAGGAUGGCGAGAAGUACUCAUUGAUAUUGAUCCACAAGUUUCUGAUAAACUGAGGUUUGUUUUGGCGCCUUGUGCCACCCCAGCAGAAGCCUUCAUACAACAUGAUGAGACAAGGGAUCAUGUGGAAGUGUGUCCCGAGGCUGGUGUUAUUAUUCAGGAACUUUCUCAACGCAUUGCUCUUACUGGAGGUGCUGCCCUGAUUGCUGAUUACGGUCAUGAUGGGACUAAGACAGAUACCUUCAGAGGGUUUUGUGGCCACAAGCUUCAUGAUGUCUUAAUUGCCCCAGGAACAGCCGACCUAACAGCUGACGUGGACUUCAGUUAUUUGCGCAGAAUGGCACAGGGAACAGUGGCUUCUCUGGGUCCAAUAAAACAACAAACGUUUUUAAAAAAUAUGGGCAUUGAUGUCCGGCUAAAGGUUCUUCUAGAUAAAUCCACUGAGCCAUCACUGAGGCAGCAGUUACUUCAGGGGUAUGAUAUGUUAAUGAAUCCUAAGAAGAUGGGAGAACGAUUUAACUUUUUUGCCUUGCUGCCUCAUCAGAGACUUCAUGCUAGAAGCCAUGAGAUAAAUGCAAAUCAUUCAAAACCUUCUCCAUCACCUGUGGCUGGAUUUAGUGAACUUACUUGGCAGUGAUAUUUCAGUUUGGCCUUUUAGUCCCCAAGUCUACCUAAGAAACUAAAAUAAAGGAAACGAAUUUCAUAUAUCAAAGCUUAUUGACUAUGUUCAUAUAUAACAUCUUCAAAACAACACCGUGAUGAAGGUAGAGGCAAGAAUUGGGAACUUCAUUUUGUAGGUUGAGGAACUCGAGGCUCAGAUUGUCAUCUCGCCAGGCCAACACAGCUAAUACAGGGAGCCAAGACUUGUAAGACUUAAACCCACAUCUACUAAUUACACAUCUCUUGCUCUUUUUGGAGGGAAAAAAGUUUACAAUGAUUACUGAAGAGUGGAGAAACAAAAAGCCAUAGAUUUUAUAAGUCCCAGAUAUUAAUUUUUUUGGAGGGAAAACUAUUAGUAACUCUUAAAAAGCUAUGAAAAAGUCUAACCUCUUAAAUCACAUAUCUGAGUAGAAAAAAAUUUAUUUAGCUGGCUGCUGGAGCUGAAAUGUUUUAAAAAUACUUAUCCUUUCAUUUGCUCUGCUGAUCAUAGAGUCCUACCCUUCUAAGGGUUUUAUGCUCAACCCAAACAGUUUAAAAUAACUGAUUUAAAAACAUUCUAGACAUCUGUACAGCCUUCCAAUAACCUAAGGGAAGAAAAAAAAGGACACUGUUUGCUAUUCUUUCCUAUAGUUUUAACUGACCCUGCACUGGUGUUACUUUUAGUAUAUAUUAAUUUCCUCCCUCAAAUUAUUCAACCCUGUGUUAAGAUAUAUAAUUAUAUUUUAGGUCUAUACCCAUUAAAUGCUGGAAUCUAAUUGUGGCAUCAUAGUGGUGUCAGUGAGAACAUUAUUUAUUAGUAGCAGAGUUGAGCUAUGAGAAGACAUACAUAGUAACUCAUCACCCAGAUCAGCAGUUCCUGGUUUUGUAACAUCAGUUGUCCAAAAUUAUCUUAGAGACUACUGUAACAAAAGGUGACAACUUAAUUUUUAUGUUGUAGAGAGCAUAUUCAGAGUUUCAACUCCAAAACAGAGUUUGGAGUCCUGAUUGACCUAAAAAAGAAAGGUAAAAUAAUCCAGCGUUCCUUUUUAAGGCAGAUAUGAAAAACAUUUCAAUCCCUCUAGGGUCAGUUAAAUAAAUGUUUAAAGUCUUUAUAGGAAAUCAUAUGCCAGCAGCCUCUCUGAUAUCUCUUUAAAUUUAAUUGUUUAGUAAUCAACCUUGUAACUCUUACAUGUUUUGGUCAAGCUAUGUAAUAACUGGAUCCUAGCUUGCCAUCUGUCCCCUUUCUUGAAAAUAAUAUAAGAACAGGAAAGGGAAGAUAAAUUAAGUGCCACUAUUGUACAAAAGUGAAGGAUUAGGAAAAAAAAUACAAAAACCAGUUAUUUCUUAUGCUAUAAAAAUUUAUGAAAGCUUCAUCUUGGUGUCAUUAUGUGUCUUUAUCACUGUUUCCCCUCUUGUACCUACUCAUUAUGAACUACAGUAUUGGUGUCACUGAUUCCUUAUCAUAUUUCUUCAUGUCUUUGCAUCCUUGCAGAUGAGAGCCUCCAAAGAACAACAGUUGUGCAGCAAAAUAUCUGUCCAUAAAAUGAAAUCUUUCCUUACUGAAGUUAGCUCAUUGAUAAUUAAGGAUCUUCUUCCAUGUCAUCUGGAUUGGGAGCCAUGAUGAAGUGCUUUGGGUAUACAAGGUUGUGUGUGUACGCAUGUAUUUCCCAACGAGCAUCAUCACUUUCAUGUGUAAUGUAACGUUCGCCAAUACGAGUUUCAAAUUCUCUAAGGUCAAGCCAAGUCUGAUAGUCCUAGAAGAAAAUGAAGUGACUAUGAACUAUAAAAGAAACAAAAUCUGUCAACUUUUUUGUUUUAGCAUCAUAAUCAUAUAAAUUGACAAUCUCCUACUCAUAAGUACUUGCUAUAUAAAGUAAGUUCCAUUUGUAAUAUUUUAAAUUAUCAGUGUUAAAGAUACUUUUUCAAACUGAAUAUGAAGAAAUUAACUAGUUUCUAAAGUUAAAAAACUGACUCAGGUUUCUGAGGUGGCUAAUAAUCACUAAAACAUUCUGUUCUAUACUAUGAGAGGUCCAUGACUUACUCCUUAAAAUAAGGGAAAGUGCUUAGCUAGAAUCUAUUAUCAGGGUAAUUUAAUAAACCCUGAGAAUAACU